UAAGAUACUUCGAUUGUUUUCCCUUUCGGAUACUACUCUCAGUAAGUUUAAGAUUGCAGGUGACGUCGUCGUGAGGCAAAGACAAUUGAAGCAAAACAAAACUAAAAAAUGUAACAUCGCCGCCCAAAGGCGAUACGUAAAUCCACAUAUUGCGAAAUGGCAAACGGACUGGCAUUCUGCUCGCACGUCCAGGAGAUGCACGCGAAAGGGUCAACAGCAGCCAGUGUUGUAUACAAAUUUUCUACUACGAUGCUUCGUCCAGUCGCUCGCUGUCUGUCUGUGGAACUCAUUGAUGAUCACCAGUCUCGAACUCGACGGUAUUCCUCUGGCGCCAAAAUAUAUGAAGACCCUCAGUGAAGGCUUGACGAAUAAUCGGAAUCUGCGAAGCUUGUCGUUGAUCAGGUGUCGAAUAGGUGACGCAGGAUGCGGUCUGUUGAUGGAAAGUCUGGAGAAUAAUCCGAGUCUCCGUAUUUUGAAUCUGUCGUCGUGCUGCCUCACUAACAGGAGCGCUACAUGUUUAUCGUCGUACUUGAAGAAACGUAGGAUGGAUUUAUUGCAUAGUAUUCGGAACGAAUCAACAUUGCCUCCAGGCGACGUUCACAGACCAGUGAAGGAAGGACUGAGAGUAUUGAUACUCGAUAGAAAUCACAAAUUCAGUGACAUUGGCCUGCGACAUUUGAUACAUGAUCUGAAGAAUAAUUUCUGGUUAAAGAAAUUAUGCUUGCGAUUUUGCGAUAUCACCGAACGCGGAGGACGGAUUAUGCUGGAGUUACUACGAACGAACAACGUGAUUGCGCAGGUCGAUCUCAGAGGCAACGAAAUACCGGCCGAUAUAUUGCAAACUGUCUGCAAGCUCCUAAAAGAAAGGAAAAACAAACGGGAAAGGACAUUGAUGCAGAAAAGAUUGCUGAACUACAAACAUCGUGCCAACUUUUGCACAUCGUGCAAAAAUAUGAUUUCAAAAAGUACAUCUGCUCAGUUCACGUCGAAGAAUAAAUACCUCAAAAAUCAAGACCAUCCUCAACUGAAGAUACGAGACGACAAUUGCACUUCACAAAUAUGGUGUCCUGCGUAUACACGGAAGACAAUAAGCAAAAAUGAUAGAACACGCAAAUCGCACGAUAUAAAAGAAAGACACACCGGAUGGAUCAACAUGCAACAACUGCGGAGACAUUUGUCAUUCAUGAUCAAACGUAAUCAAAAUCUGAUAAAGGUUUUGGAGAACAACGCUGACUUUCUAGCGGAGGAAAGAAAUCGCCGUUUGAGCACUGAGGAAGCGUACCACAAACUUCAACCUCGACUCAAAAGUCUCAGAAACAAAAUAGCCGCACAAAAUUCUAUUUGUUCCGAUACGCGCUAUGAAAAUCAAAUUUACGCGAGCUUGCUAAAUGGAUUCAAUAAAUUGACGAUAUCCACGAAUGAAAAGAAAUUUAGGAUGGCCGAUGGGAAUCUCGAAGCAGAAGUUGGCGACAGCAAGGUCAAGUCUGUCCUUUGUUGUCGCAAAAGUCAACUGUGCGAAAACGAACUCUCUCAUCUCUGGCACGAAAUGUCGAAGAAACUUCUCGAAUGAAAAACACGCGCCGGCACCUGAAACUGCUCGUAUUUAUGCUAUGUACAAAUAUUAUAUGUUAACUCGUAUAAAUUACACGUAACAUUAUUGUGAAUUGACAUGUGUAUAUGACACAUAUAUAUAUGAAUGAGAAAUAAAAUAAAAUAGUAAAAUUAUUA